GGGUUAUGAUUUUUUUUUAUUUAUAGGUAUUUUUAUUUUUUUUUUUGGCGGAAUUUUAAAUAAUAUUUUUAAUUUGUUUAUAAAAUAAAAAACUUACUUUUUUUUAGGUCAUUGUUUAAAUAUUUUUAUUGUUUAAUUAAUUCAUUAACGUGUUUUAAUUAUUUGCUUUUUUUUAUCUUUUUCGAAAUUUUUUUCAGUCGAAAUUGAUUUGAGAUUUUUUACAUUUUUCGUUAUCGAAAUUUUACUAGUUAACUGUUGUUAAAUUUUUAAUAAAUUAGUGAAUUUUUUUUUUGUUUUAUUGUAAACGUUUUAUUUGUUUAUAACGAAAAAAAAAUAUUAUAAUUUUAUCGUAAAUAUUACAGUGGAGUGAACUUGCUGCAUAUCAAUAAUCGAAAUUUUUCAUUUUCGAUAUUUUUUUUUUUUUAAAUGGCGUCGUCCUAAAUGUUACCUUCAAGGCUUCAAAUAACACUUGUAAACAUAAACAAUGUUUUUUUUAUCAAAUUUUUAAAAACAACAUUAAACAAAAUUAUCAUUGUUGUUGAUGAAUAAAUUAUUAACAAGGAAAAUAAUAAACUGAAUAAACACAUUAUCAAAAAGAUAAAAUAUUAAUUAAUUAUACAUUUUAAAAUUAAAUUAUAUUCAUCAGGUAACCUCUGAGAUUUAAAUAAAAUGAAGCUUAAAGAAACAAUGAAAGAUUGGUCAUUAAUGCAAAUUGCAUUUUCAUUAUUUGGCUUACCAAUGACAUUACCAUGGCUUGCUUAUUAUAUUUAUGAUGUCAUAAGGAGAAAAAAAAAUAAGUCAAAUCUCACAGGAAAGGUUGUUUUAAUAACUGGUGCAAGUUCUGGAGUUGGUGAAGCACUUGCUCAUGCUUUUUACAAUUGUGGAUGUAAACUUAUUCUUGUAGCAAGACGUAAAAAUGAACUUGAACGUGUUAAAAAUACUCUUUUAGAAACAAAACAAACAUCACAGACUUUUACACCAAUUGUCUUGCCUUUGGAUAUCACAGAAAUUAAUUUACUUGAAACAAAAAUUAAAAAUGUCAUGAUGGAACAUGGAAAAAUUGAUAUACUCAUAAACAAUGCUGGAAUAUCAUAUCGUGGUGAAGCAGCAACAACAGACAUUGAUGUCGACAUGAAAAUCAUGAUGAUUAAUUAUUUUGCACAAAUUAAACUUGCUAAAGUGAUUCUUCCAUCAAUGAUUGAAAAUAAAUCAGGACGCAUUGUUUGUAUUAGUAGUGUCCAAGGUAAAAUAGCAAUACCAUACAGAUCAGCAUAUGCAGCUUCGAAACAUGCCCUACAAGCAUGGUGUGAUUCAGCAAGAGCUGAAUUAGCUGUUUCAAAUGUUAAAAUAACAGUUAUUAAUCCUGGUUAUAUUAAAACUGAUUUAUCAUUAAAUGCAUUGACUGGUCAUGGUGAAAAAUAUGGAAUUAAUGAUAAAGAUACAGAAAAAGGAUACUCACCAAAACAUGUUGCUGAUGAAACUUUACUCGCUAUUUUGAGAGACAAUAAGGAAAAAAGGAUUGCAACAUUUUUACCAAAAAUUGCGGAGUUUUUAAGAUUCAUGAUACCAACAUUGUAUUUUAUAAUAAUGAAUAUUCGUGCUAAAAAAAUUAUAAAAAAAGAAUGAAGAUAUUUUAGAAAUAUUUUAAAGAAAUUUUUCAAAAUUUAGAUUGUUUAUUGAUUAUUUAAGUCAUUUUUUUUUUGUGUAUUCAUACAUUUAUUUCAUUUAUUAUUAGAAUAAUAAAAUAAAAGAGAAAUUAUUAAUAAACUGAUUUAGUUGUUUAUUUUUUUUAUAAUCCUUAAAGGAGAAGAUAACUUUGAUGUUGCUGAAUUCACAAUAAAAAGGAUUUUAUUUUUUAUUGUCACAUUAGCUACAAUCUAAGAUGUUGUUUGUCUCUUUAAUUUUUUAAUUUAAAUGUUUUGUUUUUUUUUAAAUUUGAACUUAUGAUAAAAUCAUUAAGUAUAAUAAGUAAGAUGUUAAAAUAUCCAAAUACCUUUUAUGCAGUUCCUAAUACUUAUAUGUUAUUAUUAUUUUUAAAAAUGUUGUAUAAAAGUUUAAAUUUAAUAAAGAAUCGUAUGAUCAA